UCUGUCAGAUCAUCUACUUGUCAAACAAAAUGGCCGACAUUUUCUUCGUCUUUCGUCAUAUAAAUUAAUAUUAUUCCAAUAUAACACAAAAUAUUCUAAUGGCUUUUAACGUUGAUCGAUUAAUUUAAAACGUGUUCAUCGUUGUCUUCUUUGCUACUAUAAACAUGUCGUGGACUGCGAAUACUGGACAAUGGAACCCCGGCAUUGCCAUUACUCCAGAUAAUAUGAAUAUGGGCUCGUAUACUCCUGAUCAAUGGACAGCUAUGCAACAGCAGAAUUGGCAGCAAUGGGCACAAUGGCAGCAACAGUUUGCCCAGUGGCAGAGUCAGUAUGGAGAGAAGUAUGCAGAACAAAUACAAGCAAUGCAGUCUAUAGGCGGUGCUGGCGGGAUGAUCGGCGCCAUGCCGCCCCUGCCGGCCUCGGGGCCGCCCCCCGCGCCGCCGCCGCCCGACAAUCCGCCACCGCCGGCCCCACAUGAAAACAACCAGCCCCUCUUUCAGAAAACUACCGCACAGCCUUCACCCGUACCACCUCCCGGCAGGAAUAACCUCGCACCCUAUAACAACGCUACAGGUAAUAAUCAGAACUGGUCUUACGAGAGAGAUCAACAACAGUCGCAACAGUCUGUCAACGCGGAAGCUCUGAAGAAGCUCGCCGAAGAGGAGCGCCUUUUUGAUAUUCAGUUUCAGAAAUGGGAGGUGGAGAUAGAGAAGUGGAGGCGAGAGAACGUUAAUCACCCAGACAAGCAGGCGUACAAGGAAUACGAGGCCAAAUUCGAGUCGUGCCGGCAGCAGUUGCUGGAGCGGCGCGCGCAGAUGAACCAAAAGAGGGCCAAACUGCUCAGCGGCGCGACCCCGGCCGCCGCUAACGCCGCUGUCAACACAGGUAAUAUAUCCACGGCCAUACCGCCUCCAUUACAAAACAAAAGUAAUUACAAUAUGCCCAAUAAUGCUCAAUCACAAAUUUACAAUAAUAAAACUGGCAAUUAUCAGGAUAUGAAUGCUGCACAAAGCUAUAAUGAUAAAAAUAUCCAAAGUCAUAAUUAUCAGGACCAGAGGGGAUCUAAUUAUCAACAGUAUGAUCAAUCAAAUUACAAUAGAAAUUCUACUGUGGAUCCUCAGGACCGGUAUGAGUCUUACGAGAAUAUGGAGGAUUAUUCUCAGCAGGUUUACGGGGAAGACUCUAAUUCGUCAUUUUUGCCGUCAACUACUGGUAAAGGCAUACCAGGUUUAGAUUUGGUGGUUGAAACUGAUAAGGGUCCUGUGCAAGAUGAUGUUAUUGACAUUACUCAAGAUCCACCACAAAAUAAAGCUCCAGGAAUGCCUGAUUAUUCUACAAUAUCUAAAGGUAUAAAUAACAUUUUGGGUGAUGAGAAACUAAUGAAUAUACUGUCUACGAUUCGGGGUCAAGCUACAUCUGGUCCACCUCCAUCUAAUAAUAAUAAUAAUAUCAAUACUGGUCCAGCAAGUGCUGGUUUACAAAAUGUGGGCAAUCAGAGUUACAACAAUCCACCACCUAACCUAUGGGGCAGAAAUAAUGAUAAUAGUCAAUGGAAUAGAAACAAUGAACAGAAGUUUGACAACAGGCAAAUGCCUCCAAACAGGCAACAAGAUUAUAGGCAAAAUCAGAAUCAAAAUUAUUCAAAUAAAAAUCGAGAUUAUUAUGGUGAACAAGAGGGGCAGGAUCAAUGGAAUUACGGCGAGACGGGAAAUUACGGCGAUGAUGGGAAUUACGGUGAUAGGGGGAAUUAUGACCAAGAGGGUUAUGGUCAAGAAAUGAAUCAAAGAGCUGGGCCUCCACCUCGAGGGAAUGUGCCUCCUAGGGGAAAUGUACCCCCUCCUAGGGGAAAUGUACCCCAUCCUAGGGGAAAUGUACCCCAUUCGCGGGGAAAUGACCCUCCGCUGGAAAAUGGGCCAGCUCCUAGGCCAUUGAUGGACAUUGAUUUAAAUAGAGAUUUGCAAGAUGACUACAACAUGAGCGUGGCUCCGCCUCCACCGCCGGCUAGAAAACCCAUGUGGGUUGAACAGCCAUUGUUCACUCCAUCUCUUAUUGUGGAAUAUGAACACAAACCACUAAGACUGAAAGCUCGCGACUUUAUAGAACCGGUCCAUAUGUUCGACUACAAUCAUCAAUCAAAAGACGGCGAGACUAAAAAGAGAGAUUUUGAAAAGGAAGUUGAUGAAAUGUUUGGCAGGAAGCCUAGGAAUGAUGAUUUUGACAGAUACUCUCGUGACCGCGACUAUUAUAGGCCUCCUGAACGUGAAGACGACAGGUAUUCAAGGGAUCUCUCCAGACAAUUUGAAAGAAGGGCUCCUAGGGACGACCGGGAUGACUAUAGACCCAGAGUACCACCUAGAGAUGAUUACAAUGAUAGGAGAUACCUGGAUAAUAGGUUACCUGAAAAUAACAGAUUUGACGAUAGAAGACGCGAUGAAAGAGACUUUAGGAAUCAUGAUGAAAGAGAUAAUAGAAAUCGUGACGAAAGAGAUAGAAAUCGUGAUGACAGAGAUAGAAAUAGGAGAGAUGACCCUUACAAAGACAGAGAAAGAGAUAGCUUUAGAGAUCGGGAGAGAGACAGAGACAGAGGACGGGAUAACAGGGAUAGGAAUAGGGAAACGAGAAGAAGCAGAAGUCAUGAGAGGGACAAUCGCAAAAGGGCCCGGAGUAAAGAAAGUCCUAUUAGUAUUAUAAGUGAUGGAUCAAUUCAUUCUAAGAAGUCAAAAGAUUUUGAUGAUAAAAACCCUAGACAGCAUAUCGUAAUGAUAGACGAUAUAUUGGAACCCCCAGGCCGGGAUAUGAGGCCUGCGAAAAUUGUUAUUAUUCUUAGAGGUCCACCUGGCAGUGGAAAGUCAUACUUAGCAAAGUUGAUUCGAGACAGAGAAGCGGAAUACGGCGGUACGGCUAGGAUCAUGUCCAUAGAUGACUACUUCAUGCAAGAAGGAGAAAUGGAGGAAACUGAUCCUGCUACAGGAAAAAUUGUAAAGAAACCAUCCCUAAAGUAUGAGUACGAUAGUAAAUUGGAGGAAACGUAUGUGAAUUCUCUAAAACGUGCAUUUAAGAGGAGUUGCACCGAUGGUUACUUCUCGUUCUUAAUUUACGAUGCUGUCAACGACCACCUCAGGUGUUAUGCCGACAUUUGGAACUACGCCCGACAAAAUGGUUUCCAGGCGUACGUAUGUACCAUGGAGUUGGACGCCAGCGUCUGCCACAAGCGCAACAUCCACAAUCGUUCUCUGGAGGACAUCGAAGUGAUCUCGGCGCGGUUCUUCCCGACCCCGCCACACCACAUACAGCUCGACCCCACCACUCUGCUGCAGAGCGCCGCCAUCACUGAAGUCCAUAUGGAAGACGUCGACGAUGACGACGUCAUUAUGGAAGAUGUUCAAGAUGAGGUCGAAACAGUUUUUACAUCGAAGUGGGAGAAAAUGGACGACGCUGACAAACUAGCGCGCCUCGACGGCACCAGCAAGCCGCUACGGCCGUCGCAGCUCUCCAUGGAGGACUACCUACAGCUAGACGACUGGCAGCCGAGCAAGUCACAGCCGGGGAAGAAAUCUGUACUUGAAGAAAAACUACUUUGCAAUAUAAGGUAAGGUUUUUUUAAAGGUAAGUUUUCCGAAUUCGGGCGGCACUUCAGAUCAUAACACAAUAGGUAUUGUAUGUAACCAUUGUGCCUUGUUGAUUCUUGUAUCAAGAAGCUUUCGGAAUACAUAAGUAGAUCUAACAUGUUUAAAGCUCUAAUUCAGUAUCAGAAAUCAGCAAAUGAAAUCAGUGCAUAUUUGCAUCAAUAAUUUCCUUCUUCUUUGUAUAUUGUAUGUAGAUUGUGAGAAUUUCUGAUCAGAUUUUUGUUAUAGAACCUAUUAGUGUUCUCGAUCCCAAAAACGUGUGUCAAAAAGCGUAUUUUACUAUGACUCUAAAGCUCUAUUUACUACAGCCAUUAGUCACCCAUUAGCUCUUCAUUAUCACCGGCAUUAAGUAAUUUCUUAGCUUACAACAGGUAUCUGAACUCAAUCCGUCUGCAAACAAAGUUGAUGAGAGAUUUCUCUGACAGCCUAUUAUAAAACAAACGCUAAUUUACUCUAUAAGAAGUAAAUUAAUGGAGUUCCCGGAAAUCCCAAGCCGGCUCAUGGUAAGGCACACAAAUCAAUUCACACGCCAAUUGGCUGCCUACAGCCAUGCUUUGCGGGAGGAGACGCAACUGCUUCCAAAACUGGAUACCCAAAAACAGUUAUUAGAAAUAGUUCUCUUAAAAAUUUUCCUUCUGUUUGUCAUGUAUAGUUAGUUUAUUUGCAAUGUUACAGAUCUCCCGCCCGUCCGUACGUAUAGACGAAGACGGUCAAUUAUACGGAUCAAUUUCAAUAUCUAGGCACUACGUGCGCUUCUAGGAGCGCCGUCUGAGCUGGUACGGCCACGUCUUUCGCAAAUUGUCAAAUUACAUAGGGAAUAGAUGCCUGGCCGUGAGGUUUCCUAUAAGCUCUUUCUUCCUAAUCUUGUAUAGUAUAAAAGAGUAUAGAGUAUAGUAAAAAGGAGUGGUCUAUAUCGAUCUCUUUAGAUUUAUCCUAUUUCUGAGCGAGAAAGGAUUUCCUCCACGUUUUCAACCUCCUCAAGGUUGAAAACCUUCAUUAAAAUCUGAUAGGUGAUCGAGGCGUCGGUUUCAUUUUCUACAUAAUUGGUUAUUUUUUGUUGUAUUUUAUUAUGGAAGGUUGGCGGUUUGACAUCUCAUCUCACUUCACAAUAAACUGUAUAGUAAACAUUGUCUUAAUUGUGAUCUCGAAGACCUUCGAACGCCUGAAUAACGGCGACGCGUUUUACCCAUUACACGUGCGACAGGAAUGCGAUUUUAUUGUAACCACAACCACUCCAGUUUGAGAGCCAGUGGUAAUAAUUGCACGUGAUAACUGUGUUAACUGCUGAGCCCAAUACGUCCGGAACCGCAGAUCUGUGGCCAUUCAGCUGAUCACGCUAACUCCGUUAAAUCAAACGGUAUGAAGCAUUUCAUUACUAGGGAAACUGUUUUCUUUAUUGUCGAGAGCGAUAUCCUCCGAAUUGUGUAUUUUCUUCCGGUCUUAUCGUUUUCUUUUAACUUUUCGGCCUUUGAUUACAAAAAUUGCCACACGUGGAAUUUUGCGAUCAUCAUUACCUCCGCCACAAAAGGAUUCGAAAAAUCCUGAAACAAAACAAUUAGCUUUCUUUCAUAUUUAGAUACAAAUUUUGAUUUACAGUUCUAAGUAAAUUUAUUUUUUUAAUAUUGUUAUUUUAUUUUACAGGAACCAAGAAGCCAUGUAUGUAAGUGUUUUAAUUUACGUAUAAUAUUUUUAUAAUUUAUUGUUAGACAUGUGAGAUUUUAUUAAAUAAGUGAUUAAUUAAUUCAAAUCA